CCAUCCAAUGUGCGUAAUCACACCCGAAAAGAAGCCAGUUUUUCUAACCAAGAAAUAAAGUCGAACCUUCGUCUUCAUCACUGUGAAUGGUACAGUCAACACAACCUGGGAUAGGAAACCAAUAAGGAAAAUAAAAGGCAAAGCCCUACGAUUGUGAGCUUCUUUCGCUUUUCUCUAAGCGUCAAAACCACACAAUCAAUCCACGAGAGGGGCGGAACCAGGUUUUCUCGUAGUCAAACAGCUAAUUCUCCUAUAAAUAUGGGGUUUUCUCGUUUUUGCCUUCGUUUCCAAGAACUCGUCCCCAUGUCCCGUUGAAUGGAUUCUCUUCUCUCCCGUUAAAUCUGGGUAUCUUUAAUUUGUGAAAGUUGGUUCGGUUAAUUUCGGUUCUUAUUUCGUUGUUUGAGCGGUAGUAGCAGCAGCAGCAGCAGCAGUAGUUCUGGUGGUUUGAAGAUUGAAUGUUCGAUGGCUUCUUCCGCUUGGCCUGAGACACCUAAGCCUAAAAUCAUUACCGGUCCCGGUGGUUAUGUUCUUGAAGAUGUUCCUCACUUGUCGGAUUACAUCCCUGAUCUUCCCGUUUAUACCAAUCCGUUGCAAGACAAUCCGGCAUACUCAGUUGUUAAGCAAUAUUUUGUCCAUGUAGAUGACACCGUUCCUCAAAAGAUUGUUGUUCACAAGGAUAGUCCCAGAGGAGUGCAUUUCCGACGAGCUGGACCACGUCAAAAGGUAUAUUUUCACUCUGAUGACGUACAUGCCUGUAUUGUAACCUGUGGUGGUCUUUGCCCUGGACUCAACACCGUGAUUAGAGAGAUCGUAUGCGGCUUGUACCACAUGUAUGGUGUGAAGAAAGUUAUAGGGAUAGAUGGAGGAUACAGGGGGUUUUAUGCUAAAAAUACUGUGCAUUUAGAUCCCAAGGUUGUCAAUGAUAUCCAUAAACGUGGUGGAACAAUCCUUGGAACAUCACGAGGUGGGCGUGAUACCGCAAAGAUUGUUGACAGCAUUCAGGAUCGAGGGAUUAAUCAGGUUUACAUUAUCGGUGGAGAUGGAACUCAGAGAGGAGCAUCUGUUAUUUUUGAGGAAGUUAGAAGGCGUGGUCUUAAAGUUUCAGUUGUUGGAAUACCUAAAACCAUUGACAAUGAUGUCCCGGUUAUUGACAAGUCCUUUGGCUUUGAUACUGCUGUUGAGGAGGCUCAACGUGCCAUUAAUGCUGCUCAUGUUGAAGCUGAAAGUUUUGAGAAUGGCAUUGGCCUUGUGAAGUUGAUGGGUCGCUACAGUGGUUUUAUUGCAAUGUAUGCUACCCUUGCAAGCAGAGAUGUGGAUUGUUGCUUGAUACCGGAGUCACCCUUUUAUCUUGAAGGACCCGGAGGACUUUUUGAAUACAUUGAGAGGCGACUUAAUGAAAAUGGCCACAUGGUUCUCGUGAUAGCAGAGGGUGCAGAACAGGAGCUGCUUGCUGAAUCAAUUACACAGAAAGAUGCUUCAGGAAACAAGCUUCUCCAGGAUGUUGGACUAUGGGUAUCACAAAGGAUCAAGGAGCACUUUUCAAAAGAAAGGAAGAUGACCAUAAACCUCAAAUAUAUAGAUCCUACUUAUAUGAUUCGUGCUAUUCCAAGUAAUGCAUCUGACAAUGUUUACUGCACACUUCUUGCUCAAAGUGCUGUUCAUGGAGCAAUGGCCGGGUAUACCGGAUACACAAGCGGUCUUGUCAACGGCAGACAGACAUACAUACCUUUCUACCGGAUUACUGAGAAACAGAACAAGGUUGUGAUAACAGAUAGGAUGUGGGCAAGGCUUCUGUCUUCAACGAAUCAACCAAGCUUUUUUCACCCCAAGGAUAUCAUCGAAGAUGAGGUCGAUGAAGCAAGUCCAUUGUUGGAUAAUGGAAACUGCAACCCCAGUUGAAGUUGAUAGUUUACCAAUGCUCACGUGCAGUGCGUAGAUUAUAAUAAGUAAAUUAGCCAGCUGCCUAGUGUUCUUCCAUACAUCCUAAAAUGAUCCUGUUGUGUUCUAUUCAGCAUGCUGAUUUUCAGGUUUCCGGCUUGAA